AUGAGUGGUGGAAAAGAAUUGGUGCUGAACACCUUACGAAGGGCUACUAGCCAAGAAACAAACAUCUUGAAACCUGCAGAGCUCCAACUUCAGGAAUGGGAAACGGAGCGAGGAUUUUAUUCUACUCUAGUUGAGAUAUUCUCCGAGCAUGCCUUGGAGGUAAAUGUUCGAUGGUUGGCUGUUUUAUAUUUCAAGAACGGCGUUGACCGCUAUUGGAGGAAAACUGCACCCAAGGCAAUUAAUGAAGUAGAAAAGGCACAGAUUAGAUGCGGUCUUCUGCAUAAUUUGCGAGAACCUGUCCCACAAGUGGCCACACAGCUCGCUGUUCUUAUAGCCAAGAUUGCCCGUGUGGAUUGUCCACGAGAAUGGCCAGAUCUUCUUCCUGCUCUCUUUGAGGCUGUUAAGAGCAACGAUCAACUUGUGCAACAUCGGACCCUUCUUACUCUGCAUCAUGUUAUCAAGCAGCUGGCUUCUAAAAGACUUGCAGCUGACCGGCGCACCUUUCAGGAGUUAACAAAUCAGAUGUUCACAUUCCUUCUGAAACUAUGGCAGUCUGAAACAGAAGCUUUCCUUGCAGCUGGGGAGCAGAAUCUUGAGAUUGUAAUAUCGUGUUUGGAGCGUUCACACCUUGCACUCAAGAUCCUGCGUAAGCUCAUAAUACAUGGGUUUAAGAAGCCUGAAGAAAGUGAAGAUGCUGUAUUGUUUAUGACGAGCAUAUUUGAUCGUAUCAAAGUUAUGUUGACUUUCAGGAAACAGUUUGAAAAUCAUGAGCAUAUUAAAACAAUUUCUGGGAAGUAUACAGUGCUUUUGACGAAAGUGUUGCGUGAUGUGCUAGAAAACUUUCCAUUCUCCUAUUUACAGUUUAUAAAGCCCAGCUUGGAUCUGACAGCUUAUUUUGUGUUUACACCUGCAGGCGAUGGAUUAAUAUUUGAAAGAUUUACUGUACAGUGUCUCAACCUAAUUAAAGCUAUUCUUCUGUGUCCGGAGUAUAAGCCAUGCAAAGUUGUAGAGGAUACCAAGGAUCCCCAGACUCUUGAAGCCUUUAGGGUCAAGUCCGAGUUCUUCACGAAUUCGGUUUUAGCAGGAAUGUGCCACAAACUUAUAUCUCACUACUUUUUACUUAAUCAAGAUGAUCUUGAGGUGUGGGAUUCUGAUCCUGAAGGAUUUUGUAUGGAAGUCGAGGGAGGUGAAUCAUGGAAAUACAGUCUCAGACCAUGUACGGAAACCUUGUUUGUGUCCUUAUUUCACGAGUAUAGAAGUGCUCUUAUACCAGUAUUGAUGGAAAUGGUGCGAUCAUCGCAUAACCCUGUUGAUCCAAGUGACUACCAUGGUAUUCUUCAGAAGGAUGCUGUAUACAAUGCUGUUGGCCUGGCUGCCUUUGAGCUAUUUGAUGACAUUGACUUUGAUCAGUGGUUUACUACUUCUUUAAUUAAUGAAUUAAAUGUUAAGAACUCAAACUAUCGCAUAAUUAGACGCCGUGUGAUUUGGCUUAUCGGACAGUGGACGAGUGUGAAGUUUUCACCGGAACAUCGGCCUACACUGUAUGAAGCUUGCAUUCGUCUUUUGGCUGCUGAUGAGGAUUUCGUCGUUCGUCUGAGUGCUGCCAUGACGCUCAAACAUUCUGUGGAUGACUUUGAAUUUGAUCCAGAGCAGUUUAUGCCAUAUCUCCCAACUAUCUUUGGACUUUUAUUCAGCCUUCUAAAGGAGGCCCAUGAAUGUGAUACAAAAAUGCAGGUUUUGCAUGUGAUGUCCUUCAUGAUUGAAGUGGUGGGAGUGGGUAUCCAGCCACAUGCUGCUCCUUUGACCCAGUAUUUACCCAGCUUGUGGGAGGAGUCUGCUGAUCACAAUAUGUUGCGUUGUGCUAUAUUGACUACACUUGUUCAUAUGGUAACUGGGCUUAUGCGAGAAAGUGAGAGCUUGCACGAGUUCCUCAUCAACAUUGUGCGCAUAUCAACAGAUGUCAAUGAAGACUGUCAUGUGUAUCUCCUGGAAGAUGGCCUGCUGUUGUGGCUGACCACACUGGAAAAUACAGCAAAUCCACAUGACGCUCUCCUACAGGUUUUCGAUAACAUGCUUCCCUUGCUGGAAUUGUCAUCUGAAAAUCUAAGACUUUGCCUGCAGAUCACAACUGCUUACACACUGCUCUGCCCACAACAGUUUCUUUUAAAAUACGGCAGUCGUUUAGUUGGAACCUUUAACUCAAUGUUAACGGAUAUUAAGAGUGAAGGUAUGGUGUUGGUGCUUCGGGCAGUGGAGAUGAUACUCCGUGUGCGCCCUGCUGAGGGUGCGUCUCUGAUACAACCCCUGCUGCCUGGCGUCAUUAAGGCAGUUGCUGAAGGAGACCAGUACCCGAUGAUAAUGUCAAUGUAUCUCUCUCUGGUGGCUAGAUUAGUCCUCUAUGCUGAACCUAUAUUUAUGUGGGCUGUUAACGAGACUGCCAGCGGUGAAGCCAAGAGACCAGAAGAGGUGUUGGAGCGCAUUGUCAGUGUCUGGGCUAAUAAACUAGCCUUAGUAUCUCCCGAAGAGCGACGCAAGCUGUGUGGCCUCGGUCUGGCUCACCUGUGUGGUUCAGGUUGGCCUCCAGUUCUCAAAGUGUGGCCACCUGCUAUUACUGCUGUUGUUGAAGUGGUGUUUGAUGUGACUAUGGAAGAUUCAAUACAAGAUAAGCUGGUCAUCAAUGGUGGCCGUCUUGGAUCUCCGGAGCCUUACGAACUCGAGACUGAACAUGUACUGAGACGGCAGGCCUUGGCACAAGCGGAUCCUGUACACACAAUAUCAUUACGCGUGUUUCUCGGGCAACAAAUGAAACGUUUACAAGAAAGCACUGACCAAAGUACCAUCAUGACCCUUGCACAGGACCUCGAGGAAAACUGCCGAAAGGUUUUGGAAGAAGUGACAGUGUCUUAAUUGUUGUAAAGCUGUUGAAUUGUUAUAUAAAGUUAUUGUAGUUUAGAAUUCAUGAGAGGAAGACAUGAAGGUGCAUUGAUAAAAAUUUUGGAUCAGGGCAGUGGAAUUGAACCUUUGUCCCAAGCUAACCCAGACCCAUCGUUGCUGGGGUGACCUGGGACGUGGGUUAAAGUCUACCGCCCUGCUCCACCAAAGAUUUUCACGUGGAUAUAUUACUCUAUUGUGAUUUCAUUGUGCAUGUGAAAAGAUUUUGUAUUGACUGAUCAAGUAACUAUAUUAAAUAUUUACAUCUUGGUUUCCUUGUUCUUGUUUUAAAAUUUAGUAUUAAGUUAGUACCAACACAGUUAAAACUGCUCCCCUGUUGAGAGAGAUUCCUGGACCAUAAUUGCAUUUUUAUGUGUAAUUACUUUUUUUUUUUUUUUGCAUCACCAGCUAAACUAAAGAAAACUCAAAUUAGCUUCAUUCAAAUAUAACAAUGAGUUGGUAGUAUCUAUUGAUGAAGCAGCUUGUUUAAGUACUAAGAGAGGUAUGAUAAACACUCGCUCGAUUUUCAGAAAUUGAGUACAUGUUGAUAGUCUUCGCUAAUUUGUGCUUUAGCUUGCUUUUAUGGUCAUUUUUUAUUAUUUUUUAUAUUUUUUUGGCUGAAUAUGGUGGUUGGAUAUCUUUUUAUACAGUUUGCUGGGUUAUGUGAUACUUUAUUUGUAUAUAUAUGAAAUAUACUUUAAUUGCAGGUAUGCAAAUCUUGCCGAAGCUUCUGCUAUACGGUACUGAACUUGUGCUUUGCUGCGGCAUGCUUUGCCGUACCAUUAAUUUGUCUAAAUAAGUUCACGUUCACCUUGAUAUCAUAAAAUAUUACGUUAUAGUAAAGGUCUCCACAGCCAUUAUCCCACUGGUUUCCUACCAUUAAUUUAUUUUGAUUUUUGUAAAACAUCAACUUCUAAGGAACCUAUCUUAAUUUUUUGCAGUCUGUUUUGACAAAUUAUUUUUCUUACAGCCAAUGUUAUUGGAUAUAGGAGAAUCUCCUGACUAUUCUGUUUUGAUGAAUUUUUUUUUUCCUUAUAUCCAGUGUUACUGAAAGGAGAGGGAGAUUACUCUCCCAAUAAACCUUGUCACAUUCA